AUGAACAGACUCGUCACCUCCACCAGAAUCGGCGCCAGAGCCUCCGCUUUGGCCAGAACCAGAGUUGGUGCUCACUUGCACAGAUGCAAUUCGUCCAGCACCACCCCUCCACCUAUUGGAAAGGGAAAGAUCUUAGUUGGUCUCGGUGCUUUGGCUAUUGGAUCCACGGUGUUUGCGUCCUUAUACUCCAAAGAGGAACCUAAAUCUGCCGUGGAACCAGCAAAGAAGGCUGCCUUCUCCGACGGCCAGAUCUCUGUCAUCUACGUCCUUGGAGGACCAGGUGCUGGAAAGGGUACCCAGUGUGCCAACUUGGUCAAGGACCACGGUUUCAUCCACUUGUCUGCUGGGGACUUGUUGAGAGCCGAGCAGAACAGACCUGGCUCUAAAUACGGAGAAUUGAUUGCUAGAUACAUCAAAGAAGGCACCAUUGUUCCUCAAGAAGUCACGCUUGCGUUGUUGGAACAAUCCAUCAAGCACGAAUACGCCAAAGGGUUCAAGAAGUUUUUGGUGGACGGAUUUCCUAGAAAGAUGGACCAGGCCAUCAGCUUCGAAGAGCAGAUUGCCCGUUCAUCCUUCACCUUAUUCUUCGAGUGUCCCGAACAGGUUAUGUUGAAGAGAUUAUUGGAGAGAGGCAAGACCAGUGGAAGAGCCGACGACAAUAUCGAGAGCAUCAAGAAGAGAUUCCGCACCUUUGUGGAGACCUCGAUGCCCGUGGUCGACUACUUUGAAAAGCAAGGAAAGGUGGUCAAGGUCAGCUGUGAUAAGCCAGUUGACGAAGUUUAUGCUCAGGUCAAGGAUGCCUUGAAGGACAAGGGAAUAUAG